AUGACCAUUGACACCACGCUCCAGGAACAUGGCCUCGUGGCCGAGACUCCUCCUCUGGCACACCUGUAUGAUGAGGCCAUCAUUGACAAGUUGCAGAAUCCCGCCCCCUUGACGUCAGAGCGAAAUUUGUGGGCGUUCUGGGAUGGUGGCUUCCAUGCCAUGCCCGGAUGGAAGCAGCGGAACGUGCUGAAUUGGGUGCGACGCUGCGGACACGAUUGGGAUGUGCGUCUGCUUGACAAUGUGGCCGGCUCGAGUGCGAACAUCAAGCAUUUCGUACCGCGCGAAUCCCUGCCAGAUGCCGUCUGGGAUGGCCAGAUGGAGGGCGAGCACGCAGGUCAGCAUACGUCGGAGCUUGUGCGGCUGGCGCUCCUCUACCACCACGGUGGCGUGUUUCUGGACGUAUCGAUUUUGAUGUUGCGUGACCCCGACGCCCUCUGCUGGGCGUCGCUGGCCGAUGAGCGCUCCCCGCAUCGUGUCAGUGCCUGGUACCAUAUCAACAUGGGCCAAGUGGUGCAUAGCUCGCUGGCGGCGCGGCGACAUGAUCCGUUUAUUUAUCGCUGGAUGCAGGUGUUCCUCCAAAUGUGGAGCAGACGCCGCCAUGCAGAUGGACUCCAUAGCCAUCCUCUGGUGCGACAUCUGGAGCUGUUCCAGAUUAAGGUGUUCAACAUCCCGGCCGACAAGAAUUGGGUCGGCUAUAAUGAUUAUACAGCUAUUCUGCUGGCCUUCCAGCGAGUGGCACGCAACUGCGAGCCAGACGGUGGAUUCGAUGGUCCAGCAUACGUACAGCAGCAUUUCCAUCUCCUGUCGGUGUCGGAUGAAAUGGAGACCGGUUUCUUUGUGCCUGCGGAGAAGCUGCCUCUACUGCUGACGCUGCCGGUCCAGGGCCAAGGCGAGGGGGGUGACGGCGCUGAUGCGAAGCGAUAUGUCUAUAAAACGCUGGCUCAAAGUUCAGUGGCCAACUACCACCAGGGAAUUAAAUACCUUGGCUAUGCAAACCCCGUGGCAACACAGUGGAACAGUGCCGGAGAUGAUUGUCGACCGGGAUCGUGGGGCGAGCGACUGCGGUACGGAAGCGUGCAUUAUCGACAAACGCGAAAGGUUGAGCCUGCUCACAUGAAAGAGAUGGAACCAACAUACAUGGGCAUGCUGGAUACUGUUGAGUAA